ACUUGUUCGCUCCUCGACGGAGCCGCCAACGUUAUUCCACCCACACAAAUAUAUACAUUCAUACCCACCCCCACUCCACCUCUUCUCUCUCACAGCUCUUGUGAUCUGAAUCUAGGAAAAUGCAGAGCACAGCAGUUGCAUUCUCGCCUUCCAUUUCUCUCUCUGCGAAGUCUCAAAAGGCCUCCUCUCUCUACAGAUUCAAUCCCAUUUCUCUCACCCCGUCGAAACAGCUCUGUUUCAAGAAUGUCCGGGUGUCGGGCUCAAAUUUGGCUCAUACUUCUUCGAGUCGUAAAGUGGGUUCAGUUAUCUGUUCUUUGAGACCCAAUGGGUGGAUUUCGAACCCUGCACCUGGAAAUCAGGAGACCGAGUCCGAGGGCGUCAUGGCUCGGGCCGCAUCUGUACCAGAGAGCGCAGGGGCUGCUGAGAGUCCGAAAUCUAAGAGUGUUUUGGAUACUUUGGUGCUAGGAUCGCUUUUCGGGCUCUGGUACCUAUUUAAUAUCUACUUCAAUCUCUACAACAAGCAGGUCCUUAAAGCUUUCCCAUACCCAGUGACAGUCACUCUAGUUCAAUUUGCUGUUGGGACUGUCCUUGUUAUAAUCAUGUGGACAUCCAAUCUCUACAAACGGCCUAAAAUCAGUGGUGCACAGCUUGCGGCAAUCCUUCCGUUGGCCUUGGUUCAUACCUUGGGCAACCUUUUCACCAACAUGAGUCUCGGAAAAGUUGCUGUUUCAUUCACUCAUACAAUUAAAGCUAUGGAGCCCUUUUUCUCAGUUGUCCUCUCAGCUAUGUUCUUAGGAGAGUUUCCUACAAUAUGGGUAAUUGCGUCUCUCUUACCAAUUGUUGGUGGAGUUGGUUUGGCAUCAAUGACUGAGGCUUCUUUUAAUUGGGCUGGUUUUUGGAGUGCCAUGGCCUCAAAUUUGACCAAUCAAUCUCGGAAUGUCCUUAGCAAGAAGUUUAUGGUCAAGAAAGAGGAAUCUUUGGACAACAUUACUCUCUUCUCAAUAAUCACAAUUAUGUCCUUCAUCUUGCUGGCUCCUGCUGCUAUAUUUAUGGAAGGAGUUAAGUUUACCCCAUCAUACCUUCAGAGUAUCACAGGGUUGAAUAUCAGGCAACUUUACACGAGGUCUCUCCUUGCUGCUCUGUGUUUUCAUGCAUAUCAGCAGGUUUCGUACAUGAUAUUGCAGAGGGUGUCUCCAGUUACCCAUUCUGUGGGCAACUGCGUGAAGAGGGUGGUGGUGAUUGUGACCUCUGUUCUCUUCUUCCAAACACCAGUUUCACCUAUUAACUCCUUGGGCACUGGCAUAGCCCUUUCUGGAGUGUUCCUGUAUUCAAGAGUGAAGCGUAUUAAGCCAAAGACGGCUUGAAGUUGUUAUAUCCGACAAUUUUGUUGGCUAAUCAUGGUAUUAGAUCGAAAAGCACCAUUGCAAUCUCGUUUCUAUGUUAGUUUCUGUCUUCUUGAGAUUGCCUCAUUCUUUACUCUGGACAUCCAGAUUUAGUGAUUUAAAUUUGGCUGGCUAACUGUUUUCUUCCCUAGUUGAAAUGACUAUCUGGUUAUAGUUUCCAUUCAAAAUUCGAUCGAAGACAGAUCGAGAAGGGAAUGUUUACAGUUGUUGUAGUAUGACUUUUCAUUUUGUCUUUUGACUUUCAAUAAGCAGUCUGCUGCUGGCUAAAAAGUCUCAGUUGUAAUUGGCACGGUAUGCACUUAAAAAGAAUCAAUUGCUAAAGAGACAAUUCUUGAAA